AUGGCGACGCCUACUGGCAACAAUGCCAUUCUAACGGGCAAGAAACUAAAUGUCCUGGUCUAUUCUGGUUCGCUCACUACUUCCGCCUGGAUGCGUAACCGUUCUCUGACCGACAAUGGCUCGACAGGAACCGGAACCACUGUCGACUCUGUCCGUCACUGUCUCUACACCUUGCGCCGCUUGCUGGCACCCAACUAUGCAGUCACACCCGUCACAGGCGAUAUGCUCUUGAAAGAGCCGUGGAUGGCCACGUGUGCUCUUCUCGUCAUCCCCGGUGGUGCAGAUCUUGGCUAUGCACGUACCUUGAACGGCGAGGGGAAUCGGCGAAUCACCCAGUUCGUGCGCCGAGGUGGAAAGUACCUCGGUCUCUGCGCAGGAGGUUACUAUGGGUGCACGAGGUGUGAGUUUGAAGUUGGCGACAAGACGAUGGAAGUUAUUGGGGAUCGAGAGCUGGGCUUUUACCCGGGAACUUGUCGAGGAGGCGCUUUUCCGGGAUUUGUUUACCAUAGCGAAGCCGGGGCAAAGGCAGCCCGACUGAGUGUCUCAAGGGAGGCAUUGAGUAUCGGUACAUUGCCAACACAGUUUCGGUCCUACUACAAUGGAGGAGGUGUAUUCGUUGAUGCUCCCCUUUUGAAAGACAAGGGCGUGGAGGUCUUAGCAAGCUAUUCAGAUGAGUUAAAUGUGGAUCCUGGAGAGGGCGCUGCGGCCGUUGUUUAUUGCAAAGUCGGAGAUGGUGCAGCUAUAUUGACUGGGCCUCAUCCCGAAUUUGCAGCUGUCAACCUCGACCCUCAGGCCAAUGGGCCCGAAUAUAAGGAAAUCGUUGAUGCGCUGGCUGCGGAUGACAAGGAACGGACCGAUUUUCUGAAAGCUUGUCUUUCCAAGUUGGGCUUGCAAGUCUCGCAGGACUCGACGGUUGUUCCGUCUUUAUCGUCGUUGCAUGUGUCUGGACUCGAUACUGACGAGACGCUGGACAUUCUUGCCUCGAUGGCGCCGUCGCUCAUCAUUGAGAAUCAGAAAGAGUACCUCAAGGAUGAGAAUGACACCUUCCGAAUUGAACGCCCUGGCACUUGGAACUUGAAUGACCUGGAAGAUGCCCUGCCGGAUGAAUCCUCUUCCAACGAGGGUAUCAUUGAUUAUAAGGAGGUCGUGAAAAGACUGGUGUUCCAUGAUGAGAUCCCUUCCUCCAAAAUUACCCCAUAUUUCAACCAUCACGCCUUCUACGCCAACCUUCGUCAAUAUCAAUCCGACUCAAAAGAGGGCGCAUCGGCCUUUGGGUCGAAAUUGAUGUACGCAGAGGUCAUCACCAGUACAAACACAAUACUCGAAAAAAAUGUCAAACUUUUGCGACAACUCCCUCACGGGUUCACGGCUACCGCGACAGUUCAGGUCGCCGGGCGCGGUCGAGGGUCCAAUGUAUGGAUUUCUCCAGCGGGUUCACUGAUGUUCUCGACGAUUGUGCGCCACCCCGUGGAGAAAAUUCAGUCUGCCCCAGUCAUUUUCAUUCAAUAUCUAUCUGCAAUGGCAGUUGUAAAGGGCAUCAAGAGCUACGCAAAGGGAUACGAGAAUCUUCCCGUCAAGCUCAAGUGGCCCAACGAUAUUUAUGCGCUCGAUCCGGAAGACCCAGAACAAAAACGAUACACCAAGAUCUGCGGCAUUCUCAUCAACUCCCAUUUCAUGUCCAACGAAUACAUCUCCGUCGUCGGAAUCGGCCUCAACGCCACAAAUGCGUCCCCGACCAUCGCUCUCACGGCCCUCGCCGCCCGCUACGCUGCGUCCGGCGCUGCCGCCUCAUCCCCCAUCACACUGGAAAAACUUCUCGCUCGUGUUCUCACCACCUUUGAGGAACUUUACACCCGCUUCAUGAGGACCGGAUUUGAUCGCACAUUCGAAGCGAUGUACUACGAUGACUGGUUACAUAUGCACCAGAUCGUGACUCUGGAAGAGGAAGGCGGUGCUCGAGCCCGUAUUCAAGGUAUCACGCGCGAUUAUGGAUUACUGCUCGCCGAGGAACUGGGCUGGGAUGACCGUCCGACCGGUCGAGUCUGGCAGUUGCAAAGUGACAGUAAUAGCUUUGACUUUUUCCGCGGUUUGUUGAAGCGGAAGAUCUGA